AUGUUCUCGAAACGCGUCGUUGCGCUUGCGCGCGGAAGCAAGCCGAGUACACAGGCUAUUGCCAUGACUCGCGGCUGGCAGGCGACGAGCGUACAGGCAAAACGCGCGGCGUUUCACACGACAAGGCUUGUCCAGGCCGAUACCGUGAAGGUCCCGGAUAUGGCGGAGUCCAUUACGGAGGGUACCCUCAAGACCUGGUCAAAGCAGAUCGGCGACACGGUCGAGGCGGACGAGGAGAUUGCCACUAUCGAGACGGACAAGAUCGACGUUUCCGUGAACGCGCCGAAAGCGGGCAAGAUCGUCGAGUUCCUGGCGAACGAGGAAGACACUGUCCGUGUUGGGCAGGAUCUUUUCCGUAUUGAGUACGGCGAGUUCGAGAGCGAAUCCAAGUCGGAGGAGCCUAAACCGACAAAGGAUGAGGCGGAGCCUGCCGACCAGCAAGUCGACAAGUCGACACCACCCCCGCCAAAGCCGGACACUGCUGUAGAGAAGGACACCGCACCGCCAGUCUCCGAGGGUGGCAAGGACAAGAAGGACUUGAAGGAGACUGCCAAGCGCGCGCCCGAGAAGUCUAAGCCUGCACCCAAACCCGCGAAGGAGGAGAGCAAGCCUGCUCCCGCACCAGGCAGCCGCAAUGAGACUCGCGUCAAAAUGAGCCGCAUGCGUCUGCGCAUUGCCGAGCGCUUGAAGGAGUCCCAGAACACCGCCGCCUUCCUUACGACUUUCAACGAGAUCGACAUGAGCAAUAUCAUGGAGUUCCGUAGCAAGUACAAGGACUCUAUCCUGAAGGAGCACGAAGUCAAGCUUGGCUUCAUGUCCGCCUUCGCUCGCGCGUCCGCGCUCGCAUUGAAGGAGAUUCCGGCUGCGAACGCGUCUAUCGAAGGUGAUGAGAUCGUGUACCGCGACUACGUCGACCUUUCCGUGGCUGUCGCGACGCCCAAGGGUCUUGUCACGCCCAUCAUCAAGAACGUCGAGUCCAUGUCGUUCGUCGACUUCGAGAAGGCGCUCUCCGCGGUCGGAAAGAAGGCGCGCGACGGCAAGCUCACGCUCGAGGACAUGACCGGCGGCAGCUUCACCAUCUCCAACGGCGGCGUCUUCGGCUCCCUGUUCGGUACACCCAUCAUCAACAUGCCCCAAGCUGCGGUGUUGGGCAUGCACGCCGUCAAGGAGAAGCCGGUCGUCGUCAAUGGUCAGAUCGUGGUCAGGCCGGUUAUGGUCGUUGCGCUCACAUACGACCACCGGUUGUUGGAUGGACGGGAGGCUGUCACAUUCCUCGUUCGCGUCAAGGAGUACAUCGAGGACCCGCGCAAGAUGCUGCUCGUAUAA